AUGGUUAGUAUCGAAAAGUUGAAGUGUAGUGUUUUAUCCAAUCCAUCUAUGACUAUCAGGUCAAUUUUCUCUGAAUAAAAUGAAAUAAAUUGCAAGUUUGAACGUUAAACUGUAGUACUGUCCUGUUAUUUUGUAGGCUCGUGGUCCGAAGAAGCAUUUAAAGCGUUUAAAUGCUCCGCAUCAUUGGAUGCUUGAUAAGUUGUCUGGUACUUUUGUAAGUAAAAGCAUUAAAAUUUCUUCUUUUACUCUAUAUAUUUUUAACUUUUAUUGAUAAAACCAGUCAUUAUUAAUCUUUUUUGCUCGAUUAUGUCCAUUUAAUUGUUUAAUGUGACUCAUGGAAUCUUUUAUGAAACAUCAAGGUCACUCGAAUUCUCUUCUAUUAUGAUCAGCUUAUAUUUUGGGUAAGAUUUUCCUACAGCCCCAUACGUUUAUUGUGGACACAGCAAUAAUUUCAUACUAUUUCAUACAUCUCAUACAAAUCUCACCAAAAAUUCCCACACAGGCUAUUAAAACUUCAAAAUACUCACUGAAUAACAAAAGUGCUCCUUUCCUCAAAGUGUUGGUUUCUGAAGUUGUCCCUUUAAGGAUAAUAAAGUGAAAAUCUAGCAGUGUUCUACUGUAAAUUCUGCAUUCUGAUUGGCUGAUACACUUGUUAUCUAUCAGCUCAUAGUACGCCUUGCUGGAAAUCACCAUAAAGUUCUCUUGUUCUUGUAAGAGAAAUGAAUGUUAGCAGAUUCCUAAUAACACAAUUAUUAGAAGGCUCACUCUCAGUUUCUACUGAUAGUAGAUCAGGGUUUAAUGUUAAUCCUUCAUCCCUGAGCCUCGUUCUGCUACCAGCCUGUGUCAGGUUUAUCAUCAGUUUCUGUUCCUGUGCAUUCUUCUUUCUAAACCGUUCAGUUCACAGUUUGAGCAAAUGGUAAGCAAAAUUCAGGACUGGGAAAUUUCGUCCUGGAAUCGCACUUACCAUUUGUACAAAUCAGUUCCACUUAUCAAAAAUGGUCGCAAAGGCCUGAAACAGGUAUCAAAGAUGGCUUUGAAGAAACGGAAACUAAUUAUCGUUCAGAAAAACACAACAACAACUUUUUCAGAUGGUCUCUUGCUCUGAAAAUUUUCCCCUGGAAUGAUCCAAAAAGUUGUGUUCCAUAUACUUUCCGACCAGCUUUUCUUGAAACUUUUUGUUCAAGGUAAACAACCUGGGCCCGGUUCCCCGAAAGAUGGUUAAGUUUAACCCGGGAUUAAUCCAAAUUUUAAGCAAGGCUUUCUUGCCCAAGAACAUGCAACCUGAGCUUACAAAACACUGUUGAGCCUCCACUUUGAGAAAUGGAAAUGUUAACACUAAGUGAUACUCUAAGCAGUAGAUAGGAAGGUAAAAUACAAAAAUGGAACAAAAUUUUAAUCCUGGAUUAGCGCUAAUCGCCCUUUCAGGAACCAGGCACUGGAGGUGGAGGGAUACAUGUAAUGAACUCCUAUAAUACAUUGGCAGUUUCAAUAGUAUAUUGACAAACUAUUUGCCCUUCGUUAUAGGCACCACGUCCAUCCACCGGUCCUCACAAGUUGCGAGAGUGUCUGCCACUCAUUGUUUUCCUUAGAAACCGCCUCAAAUAUGCUCUGAGCUAUGACGAGGUCAAGAAGAUUCUUAAACAAAGAUUGAUUAAGGUUGAUGGAAAGAUUAGGACUGAUGUCACCUACCCUGCUGGCUUCAUGGGUGAGAAUUCAUUAUAUCAAUUGCAUAAUCGUAAUGUCUGAAACAGUCACUUUUUUGCAUGUUCACAUCAGACAAGCUGACUUAAACCACAAUCUUUACUUUUGAAUUACAAACAAGACAGGUUUCUUAGUAAUUAUCAAGUUCUGCCAGUGGUAAAGUUGACUGGAAUAACCAGCCAAAAAGAUUUUUUAAACAUUAUAAUGCAAAGAACUGAACAUUGUUCAUAAUUGAGGCACUUGGCAAUGUAAUGUAACGUGCAUAAGAGCCAUAUUAACUUUACUUGCCAAAACUUGGAUGAGAAAAUGAUAAACGAGUAGUUAAUUGAAUAUGGUGUUAGAUGAAUAUGAUGUUAAGAGGUAGAUGGAUCAAAGAGGGUGUUAUCUUUCGAACUUAAAAAUUGAAGUGGAUAACAACCUGUGCGAUCAACAUUAUUUCAAUAAGCCAAAUUCAGUGGUGAAGAAAUUGUUUUAUUUGUUGUUAGAAUUAAAUUUUCAUACUUAUAAUAGCCCUAUCUUAGUAAAUAAGCCAAUUAAUAAGCCAAUCAGAAAUAGGGAAAUAUUUUGAACAAGUAAUGAUGGCCCUUGUUAUUGUUAUUUUGAACAAGUAAUGAUGGCCCAUAGUCAUUGCUAAAGUCCCUGCUUAUUGUUAUGGUGUUGGUGUCUUUGAAAAGGAUUCCAUGCAGCUUUUGACUUAAGCAUUGGAAGGGUUUUAGUCCAUCAGGCCAUCCCCAUAAAAUGUUUCAUUUCCCAUCGCCCGACCGACCCAUUUUUUUGGAAAAGUACAAAAAAAAAUUCCAGAAUCACUUGUAAAGCAAGUACUUUAAUUUACAAGCACACGAUCUUGUCUUAUUAACACCAAUUGUCUUAAAUUAUCAUUGAUACUUCAUUUUCGUAGCCUUUUUAGACAUUUGAUAGUCCUGUUAAUAUACAUCUUUUGCCAUCUGAUUAUAUCUUGCAGACUAAACAUGAGAUUUAAUAUGCAAUCAUCUGUUCAUUCUUUUUUUUUUUUUGCCCGACUGACCGACCCACCUUUACGAGGGGGAGGGCGGUGGGAAACAAAACAUUUUAUGGGAAUAAUAGCCCUUUGAACCCCAAGCUUUCCAAGGAAAUUAUAUUUUUUUGACAAAAUUAUCCAUGUUCAACCAUAUUUUUUCCUGGGCAAUUCUGUCCUUGGAUGUUUCUCAAAUGUAUUUGGUGAAUUCAUUUUUGCAGCCUCCAAAAAAGCCUGAUCAUCACUUUUGUUCGUAAUUCUUCAAUACAUGUGUAUAACUUUGCAUGAAAGCUCAAAGAGCCCAAAAAAUCGUAUUAUUUUUCUGCCAUUUUUCAAACAUGUUUUUGUCUUAUUUCCGAGGUCUGGGUAAAUCCCUCUCAAGAGACACUCUUGAGCACAUAUUGUUUCCAAUGUCUUUGGCCACAGGUGUACUGUAGUUUUUCAGAUGAUGAUGCAUUGUGGCGUUCAGCAUGAAAGGGAACUGGUGGAACCAAAUAGGACCGUCUUGAAACGAAAGACCUGAAAUUCGCUUUCGGAUUCUUAGGGUCUGACAACCAGAAAAAUCGGUAAAGUCUCGGUCAUUGCCAUCGAGACCGACAUGAAGAAAAGGCCUUCUCAAUAUCUGUGGACAGGCCGUAAGUGAAGGAUCGGAAUCUUAUGAUGAUGGAGCACAUAUCGCUUAGAAAUGGAGGGCCCACCAUAAGGCAGUCGUUCAAACUUGGAGAGUUGUUUGAGGAUCGGGAGCUGCAAUCAAAACAACUCUGAUAGGUGUGGUAGCAGAUUCUUUCUUGACUGCGUGAUGUGGGAGGUAGUGCGCUCUAUCCAUACUGUCUACAUUGUCAACCCUUUCAAUAAAAUCACGCCUUUCAUGUUCUUUGAUAAUUUCCCGUCGAGGUAAGAAGGCUAGGUGUCUGAGCAAAGGCGCACCAUAGCCAGCGGCGGCGUGCACAGCUACCAUAGUUGGAAGGUAGUGUGGAAAAUCUUCCUUCCAUGGGAAUUUGGCGCUGUAACUGCCAUCGGACAUUCUUGUGAUUGAGGAUCUCUGGUAGUGUUGCAGGAAGGACUCCUGAUUAUCCACUUCUGUAGGUGGUGUGAUGCCUAUAGACUCCAGAGACCAGAAAUGUUCAAGAUCAUGUUCUGCCGCCGUUGUGGAAGACAGUGUCUGUAGCAGGUUCACAGCAGUGUCAGUGCGAUGGACGCAGUUAGUCUGUAGUGGUCCAGAGAUGAGGUAGCCAAUCUUUGAUUCUACAGCAGUUGGGCCUUGACCGCGGAUGACCGUGUCCAUCACUAUAUCCCAAUAGUGAUCCGCACCAAGUAGAAGUGAGAUUUCAAAAUCUCGUCCGGCGUCACAGGGUGGGCAAGUUGAACCCCUUAGGUAGGGUAUGGUUCGGACCUGCUGCCGAAAGGGUUCUGAAGUGGUGUGGUGAUUUGGUCAAUCACAAGGACACGUAUUGGUAUGUGUUCCCAUUGUUAGUGACGAUAGUGAUGUUGGCCAUAGGUAAUCGUCUGUUGGAUGAGGAGUGUGCACCAAAGGCAGACAAGGCAAUAGAUUCAUUCUCUGUGUAAAGUAUGCCUAGUUGAUCAGCGAAGGACUGCGUGAUAAAGGGCGCUGUGCACCUUCGUUGAAUAGAAUGUUAGCUUCACAGUGCGUAUGGUUAUAGCCAACAGUUGCUACAGCAGUUUUCAAGAGUGAUAUUGGGCCAUUGUUGACUGGGAUAUUCGUUUGAGUAAUUGGUGCGAGAGAGAGGUAUGUACCCUGAAGGGUGGCUCUGCUAUAGAAGUAUGAGGACUGUGAGUGGGAGCCGUAUUGUCAGGUGUGGUCGGAGGGUUGAUGGCAGGAUCAGUGGGGCCCAAACAUAAACUUGUGUGAUGUUUCCCCUUACAUUUAUGGCAGCGGAAUUUUGACUGACACACUGAAGACUUGUGUUUCCCAAACAGUUGAAGCAAUGUCCGAGAGUCUUAACCUUUGUCCAUCUCUCCCGAGCGUCAGUGACUACUUGACAAUUGUAGGAGGGGUGGGGACCCUUGCAGUACAGACAUUUUUAGAUUCUGGUUUACUAGAUUUCCCCAAAUGAGGCUGUUUUCCUUGUAUUUGAGCGAAAAAGAACCAGUGAUUGUUGGGGUGAGUCCAUGAGGGUGUCGUUAAGUUGGGUACCUGCUUCAAGGAUUAAUUUCCCUUACAAUAGCUUCUCUCAACAAACAUUUAUGACACCUCACCCAAAUUUUCCUCCUCCCCUUCUCCCCACUGUUCACUCAUAUUUAGGAUCACGAGUAAAAAGAGACUUAAGUUUCGUGAGGUUGGUUACAAAGCUCACAUCUGCAGCCCAGUCAAAACUUUUAACAAUAGUAGGCAGGAUAAUCAGAGCAACAGGUGCUAAAGGCCCAACAUUGUGUGGUUUUUAUUUAAUGUUACUAAACCCAAGUGUGGAGUAGGGGGCAAAUGUUGCUCAUUUUGGGUUGUGCCAGGGCUGUGUCUGACAUGUGUCCUUCACAUUACGAGGAUUAGCAUAAAUGUUGAAAUUAUGUCUAGUGCCAUGACAAAGAUAAAGAGAUGACAGUUAAUCUGUUAAGAGUCAAUAAAGUGAUUUUGUUCUUCCUCUUUUAGAUGUCGUCUCCAUUGAAAAAACUGGUGAGAACUUCCGCCUGCUCUAUGAUGUGAAAGGUCGCUUCACAGUGCACCGCAUCACUAAUGAGGAAGCUAAGGUGAGAAAAAUGUUAUGAAUUAAUGACUUCACUUUGGGAGUUGGUGGAUUGAUUGAUUGAUUGAGGAGCUUGGUGUAUUGUUAUGGAGCAGAUGAUGGUGAAAUAAAAAGCAGAAAUUUGAAGGAUGAAUAAUCUUUGAUUCCAAUUUAUUACUGCUGAUGCUCCGUAGUGAGAAAAAGUUCAUGUGUUUCUGCUUUGUUAAUAAUUAGCAAGUGAAAGUGUUAUUUUUUAAUAAAAAAUUAUUAUUAAAUGAGGUUUUGUAUGAUAUGAGGAAAUAUGCAGACAGACUGAGAAGAGUGUUAUCAACAACCUCCGAGAUCAGCAUAAUUCUUUACUCCAUAUGACGUAGCUUAAAUUCAAUAAUUGUGUUAUUUGUCAUUUAAAAUAUUUCCAAGUUCUUAACAAGUGCACCUCCUUUUCUUCAAAACUUUGGCCUAUUUCUCGGCAUGUUUUCGUGAACAGAUGUUUUUUUUUCUUGCAGAUACUACGCAAAAAGUAGUUAACAUCUAUCGAGCAAUGUGUUUUGUGUAUUCUUGCAUUUCUUCGAUUCAGUUUUAGUCAGAAAUUUAGAUACUUUAAACUUCGGAAAAUAAGCCCGGGGCUUAUAUUUCUCAAAGGUCCGUUCAGAGGGCUUACUUUUGGAGGGACUUAUGUACUGAGGGAAAUUUGCAUUCCAAAAACAAUUGGGCCAGCCAUAUAGUUGGAAGGAAAUUUACUGUUUGUGCUUUGUUUUCCUUUGUAAAGUUGAGGGCAAUUUCCAAGUACAGGCCCCCAAGGGGCUCAUAUUUGGAGGGGCAGUUUAACGGAGGUGUUUAUUGCGUUACAAGUUUGGGGUACUUAUAUUUGGAGGGACCUAUUUUCAGAAUUUUAUGGUAGUUCAUCUUUGAAUAGCUGUGACUGCCAUUUGUUUCAGUUCACCAUUGCCCAAGAAGCCUCGUUUCUAGGCAAAUAUACCAUUGAUCAACCUGGUAUAUUGCUUGCUUCUUUUAAAUAUGGAAUUGGAGCCAAUCAGAAACUGCUAACUAUUUUGAAUAAAUAAUAACGUGGUUUUUGUUUCUUUGGAAAAAGAGUAUAUUAAAUACUGUGUACUGUGAAUGGUAGUGUGCUGUGAACUUAAUAACAUAAUAACUCCUGAUUUGUGGUUCAUUUAUUCAGAUUAGAGUUUGAGCGAUGGCAAGUUAUAAAAGUUCUUUAGAUAUUAAGAUCAAUUACAACUAUUGGAAUAUGUGUUGUGUGAAGCUGGAGGAGUUGUGUCCAAUGUGGGGUGAAGCACAGGCCAAAGCUCAGGUCAGGAUAAGGUUGCGGCCUUAUGUCCCAGCCGGGAUAAAGAGCUUGAGUGAGUGAAUGAGUGAUGGCAAAAGUAGCAUACCCUUGGGAGUUGGCCACCCAUUUUAAGGUCCAUUGGCCGCCUUACUAAUAAAAAAGGCUAAUAUUUACCAGUAAUUAAUACUGUAGUUUAAACUGUGCAGGUGCCAUGUCAAUGUUAAUAAAAUAUGUUUUGUGUUGAUAAUUCAGUACAAACUUGGCCAAGUGAGACGUGUAGCUACAGGAGCGAAGGGUAUCCCAUACCUUGUGACUCAUGAUGCCCGCACUAUCCGCUACCCUGACCCUUUGAUUGCUGUGCACGACACUGUUGUGUUGGAGAUCAAGACUGGCAAGAUCAUUGAUUUCAUCAAGUUUGACACGGGAAAUCUUGCCAUGGUUGUUGGUGGCCGUAACAUGGGACGAGUCGGUGUUGUUACUCAUCGUGAGAGACAUGCUGGUAGGUUGAAGUUUCUUAAAGAUGCGGUUAAUACAGUAAAUACUGGUCAGUAAGAAUCUGCAUUUUCCCAUGUAAGCCUAAACAAGUUCUUACUUAAAUGGUAAUUAGCACAAAGUGAGGUUAUUCAGGGGCCAGUUUCAUUUAAAUUUUACAAGUGUAAUUUAGAAGUGUGGCUAUUGUUUUUAGACUCCAAAACAAUAGCUACGCUUGUUUUACACUUGUGAAAGUUUUAUUAAAUUAUUAUUUUCUGAAAAAAAAAUUUGUAUUGAAUCUAAGAGUAUUUAGUGGUAUUCAGCGUGAUUCUGAACAUUGGCAUUUGCAUUGCAGUUGGAGUGAUAAGGCACUUAUGUCCCCAAAGAGGAUCGUGAAUGUUGACUUAUCUUAUUUGCCCUAGUAUACCAAUUUUUUUUAAAAUAGAUUUUAGAAAAUAAGAACCUGUUUCAAAUUUAAGACCAAACAGGUUCUUGUAAAGAGGGGGCUUAACAGGAAAAUUUUAAUGUAAUAGGUUCUUAAAACACCAGAUUCUUAAUCAUGGGCUUUUACUGUAGAAUAAGGGAAGAGCAAUUUUAACCAAAAAAAUAAUGCAUUAUAAAAAAGAGAAGGCGAGUCUCAGACAGUAUUCAAACCCGGAGUUGCAAAUAAUUUUUCUUUCUAAGGAGGCAUGCAUUCAGCUAAGUCACCAUUUUGUUUGGAAAAGACAAAAGUGUUAUCACACUCAAUCAAUGUCAUGUCCAUGUAUGAUUGUUGGCUGCAAUGGUUAACUGCCCACCUACCUCUCCCCAAAGCCAACAUAAACACUUACUUCUCUUACUUACUUAGGGCAAAAUGUUGGCUGAGGGGAGGGGUAGGUGGGAAGUUUCGCAGAAGCGUAUAAUGAUCUCUUAUUGGCCUGGUUCAACUAUUUACAUGUGCUCAGGUUAGAUUUUAUUCAUCUGAGCCCAGUUGUUUGAAGGCCCAUUAGUGCUUAACCCAGGGUUAAAUUUAAUCCGGGUUUCCGUUUCGUUUAUUGAAAAGCAUUUUCUUGGAUAAUUUUCUCCAUUGUUUUUAACAACAUCCAAUCAUCAACUUGUUGACAAAACGAAUUAAACGGAAAUUACUUUUUAAGCUUUCAUAUCUGAAUUCAAAUUUUGCACUAACCCUGGGUUAUCUUAACCCAGCUUUGAACAACCUGGCCCAGGAAAAUAAAAGUAUUAGUUUCUUGUCUUCUGGACAUCAUAUGUGACCACUGGCACAGUGAAAAUUUUGUUUGACAUACCCAGGCAGAUAUUUUUAGUUAAAAGUAUGUACAAAAUUCUUUUUACGUCUCUUUCCUGCAUGUAUUUAGAUCUCUCAAGCUUCAACCUUGUUGAUGAAAAUAUUGUUUGUUGGCAUGCCAAUAGUUGUCAGUGCUGGCAAAGUACUCAACUCUAACCAUGUGUUUUGCAGGUUCAUUUGACAUUGUCCACGUGAAGGACAACACAGGUCAUUCAUUUGCCACUCGAAUCAGCAAUGUGUUCAUCAUUGGCAAGACAAACAAGCCUCACGUGUCCCUACCCAGGGGUAAAGGAAUCAGGCUCACUAUUGCUGAGGAGCGAGACAGAAGGCUGCAAGAGAAGGCCAAAAUGAGCUCCAUGUAAAUGAGAUACAGAAGGACCAGUAUUAAAAUGUUCAGAAUCACAGUAUCUCCUGGCUUGUGUUUUUUUCAUUGCGUAAAAACCUUUAGCCUAGCAAGGCUGUGCUCUAGCAUUGCUUUGUGACCCUGGUACUACUUUGAUUUUAAAAAAUCUUAGUAUUUCUAGAUAACAAUCCUAGGCUGGGGACCUUUACCCUGGGUACCAGAGGUUUUUUCUGGCGUGCGACGGGGAGCUUCGUUUUGUCGACCGUUGGCCGACACGUGUUCGGCCGAAGGCCGAAGACACGAGACUUGACAGAAACCGGAAACCGUGCAUGAAAAGCCUCUGGCACCCCGGGUACGGGACCUUAUAUUUGUUAGCUUCAGGCCUCUGAGCCCCCUUCAGUGUUUUCUAGAGCACAGCCUUGCCCUAUUUUCAGCCAUUGAGUAAGUUCAUUUUACAUCCUUCUCCUCACAACGUGUGUGCAAAGGAACUAUGGUGCACAAAGUGGCUGGUGAUCAAACCCAGCUCUAACCUAGCCUCCUGUGAAGGUAUUCUUCAUCCAUUUCCUCUCAGACACAGGUACAUGAGAAGUGUACUUGCGAGGCAGCGUGAUCGGUCGCUUAGACUGACGGACGUGAAAUCGGGAGGCCCCAAGUACAAGUCCCACACUGACCACCAGCUUGAUUUUUUUCUCGCUAGUCCCUCAUCCACGACUGAAAAAUAGCCAUCUUGGUUCGCCUCCUGUCAACUGUGUUCUUAACGAUGAGAGAAGGCAUUACUAGAUAGGGAGGCAAGCGGGAAGCAGGCAUGGAGCGCUAGACACGCCCCUCGCUCCCCUGAAAAAGCCCGAACAAAUUUAACCUGAGAUCAGACCCAAAGCGUUGAAUUCUGUUACGCAAUCUCGGGUUAGGAAAAAUGACGCGUAUUCUGGAGAAUAGAGUAUCGGUGCGUGGGAGAGGUGUGCAAAGAUGUCUGAGAAAUGAAACAAUAAAAAUUUAUACUGAUGAUAAAUCGUACGUCAAUCUUGGACGCGUUACAAAAGAAGAACUGCCAGUGUAUGGAAGAAACUGGAAAACUUUUUUCAACUCUUUAAUAUGCCCCACAAAAAAAACUCCGUACACUAAAUUCUGCGGAGAAACUUUUUUACAACUCGCCACGCUCCGAGGUCCGUCUUUAACAGCAAUGCUAAACCAAGGCAAAUGAAAGACUGGUUUCGACCCUUGAGUAAUAACUGUUAUAAAAUAAAAUCCGCUCAAAUUUCUGCCUGGAGCGCAAUGUUAUCUGCGCGUGCAGUCUAGCUGUAUGCGCGCAGCAACUACGUCACAAAUACUGACUAUAACGUCACCAGAACGAACAUCGUCAAGAUUCGAGCCCUCUACAGUUAUGUGCUCUUAGUCUUAAAGGAAACCUGUUGGAUAUGGAAAGUUCUACGGAGAGAUUUUUCAAAGGUUUUUCACUAGAGGAUUACAGGCAUCAAAUUUUUAUGAAAAGUCUGGAAAAAGAAAAGAAACAAUGUCUUGAUCGACUGCGGGAAGAAACGCACGUGUUCAAGAUGUCCAUAAAACCACCUGUGAAAUGUCAAGAAGAGUGUUGGAGUCAAUACGGGGAGAUAUUCCAUGCGAAUGGAGAUAAGAGAGAAACGGGUUCCAUAACGCAUAUUAACAUAGAAGGUUGGUUAAUAGCUUUUUGGAUUGUAUAAGCCUGAGAGCGGUUUUAAAACUGUUUCCCGCUUUAAUAUGCUGUUUUCCGUCAUACUCACCAAAAGCAUAAGUCCUUGCAAAAGUUUUCCUUAAUCAAAAUGUUUUGUUUAGAGCAAGUAGACACAUUCUGGGCCUCUCCUUACCAAGACUGCGAGAAAAGAUUUGCGAGCAAAAAACCCCCGUACACAUGAUGAAUUUCUCGUUUGCUCAACCUUGCUACACUGUAGUGUCGUUGGGAACAUCUUAAUUGUUAAAGUUGCUACGUGCGUAGGCAUCGAAAAACUUCGCAUAUUCGAGAGAAAUCAAUUUCUACUCAUUGUCACACCUUAUGAGCAUGACAAAUGACAAGAAACGAAAACUUGUGGGAAACGAUUCAAAGUUAGAAGAUAAAUUGCGCGCGCGCAGAAAGACCAACCCGGAUUCUUGUCCCGCCAGGCCGGGCUCCUCCCUUUUGAUUGGAGAAGCCCGGAGCGAGCGGAUAAACAAACUUUGCACAGGCGAAUUUUGUCCCCUUUCCUUCACUCCGGCGCUGUUUCUUUUCAGGCUAAAUCAAAGCUCCUGGAGACAAAGUAAGAUGGAUAUCUGACUCGUUUUUCUAAUUCAACACUCUUCGGUAUUUCUUUACCAGGUGAUUUGAACGAAGACAACAAAACCAGCAACACAAAUAAAUCCCUCACCGAUCGCCAGAUUCAAACACCAUCAAAAUCAAUACAGAACUGCAAUGAGAUGAAUAAGAACGUUCAAAGACGCUAUCAAGAGCGAACCAGAAUCAAAGGACAGAGGAACAAGGAUCCCAAGAAGAAAAGCAAACCAGCUGGUCUUACUCUGCUGGAUAUAUUAUGCGGCGAGUUUGAAAAUGGGGCCUUGUUAGGAAAGAGAACAGAGACGAUUCAAGAAAAAACAGAGUCUGGUAGAUAUUGUUGUGCAUCUAAUGUAAAAUAUGGGCUUACAAAGAAAGCGCAAAUAGCUGGCGAGGGCCAAGAAUCACUCCUUACAGAUAGCGAAAAAAGUUUGAAGUUAGCCGAAGAAGCGAGCAGCAAAGCGCGUUCGUACACAUCCAAGAGUAGUUGUGAGGUCUUUCAAUCAGGACAUGACGAAAGUGAGGGAAACUUAAACUGUAAUACACCGGUAGUUAUAUCAAAAAUAGCUGGUAGUGAAAGAUUUUAUUCCAGUGAUUCACCAAAAGAAUCUUCGGCUAGUGAGAUGGGUAUAAGCUCUGAAGAAACCGUCGCCCUUAGGUGCAGAUCUGCGCAGAAUCUUAAUUCGACUUCGGGAGAUCUUAUAAUUAAAAACCACAAGAUUGAGCUAGAAAACCAGUCAAUCAGGAGACAGUUGUGCGAGGGGAUCCAUUCAAAGCUUGAUGACCGUUCAACUUCCCUAGGUACUACCACAAAGAUCGAGAGCGGAUCGCCGAUUCUUAGCUCGGAUUACCCUAGCCGUUUGACUGAAAGUAGUCUGGGAGUAAAAACACCAGAAAGUUGCAGGUUUGUGCAUUUUAAGGAACGACGCAAGAUAUCGAAAACGAAAAGUAAAAAAGAAAAUUGUCUUGAAAAAAGCAGAGGCAAGGAGAAACUGAACAGGACACGAAGUUUAGGCGUGAAACUGUUUCAGUUUGAUGGUCUGCAGUUUCCUCAAAAAGGAAUAUCAAAGGUAAGGCUAGCCUUAGAAAACAGCCAACAUUUCACGACACCCCACUGGUUUCCCCGUAAAGUGACGUCUGAGGAGCGAGGGCAGAAAUUUCUUACUGAUGAUAUGUCACUACCCAAAUCUGGGUAGUGCUUUUAAUUGAUUGAGGCAAAUUUCCCACGUGGCACGACCAAUCAAAAGCACUCCCCUGCUAAUGACAUGUAAUCAGUAUGGAAUUUCUUCGCUUGUUCCUGAGACGUCUGGCGCUUUCCACGACGGGAAAGCGCGCGGAAAGGACUAAACACGACUUCCGGUGCUCAAUUUGCCGCUCUGCCAUUGGUCAAGCCAGUUGUUUGAUUUGCGCGCGCCGUGGUCAACUGACGUUCCCGUUGUGUUGCUAAAUCAGCCUAUUAAAAACUUUGGGAAACUUCCAUGGAAAGGUUCAUCGAGUAAAGAACGUGAAGUUCCAUUCGUUUAUGCUCUCAUUACCAGAAUUUCAGAUGGAGGCACAGAUAUCGCCUUGAAUAGCCUGGAACUGGGGAUUCCUUGCGAAAACUCGUAAAUGGAACGUGCAUUUCCAUCGGAAAAGUUUCCAACGGGAAAACAGGACUUCUACCUUUUCAAUUUUCCAGUUAUUCCCUGGUAUUUUCAGGUGGAACGCUCAAAAAUAUGUUCCAUUUAGAAUACAUCCCAACCGGAAUUUCCGGAAUUUCUUGGUAAAUGGAAAGCGCCUCACGGUCAUUUCGCGGGAAAACCAGUGGUGGCGCUUCCCGAAACGCUGGCAGUUUUCUCAGGCUAAGGUAUUAAACAUGGGAGAUGAAGAUCCCGCAAAGUUGAUGUGACACUGUUUACAUCUCUUAAUUGGCUGAAAUAACCUAUCUAGAUUUGAAACUGAAAAUAAUCUUAAGGUGCCUUCAAAUUAUCAAUGAGCUAGUGGUUGGGUUCAAAUCCUUUUCCCUGAAUGGACGCUAGAAGCGGGAUGUGUAUUAAACAAGCAAACCGCAAACAAAGUAAAAAGCCAAAAAAACGGCAAGCAGUUGUUUGACCCUAACGCGUUCGCAUUUUGACUGAUUCCAUAUUUAUCAAAGAUAAUAUUGACACCGCGUGGUCUGUUCACACACCCUCAUUGAAGUCUGUGAAGAGCCGGCUAUUGACACCGAAAUGAUCUAUUUUGCACAUUAUGUAUUUUGCCAUCAAACUGAAUCAAACAUGUACGAUUGAGUGGGUGGUCGUUAAUUUUGUUUCAGGAAGAAAUCGAAAACGAGACCAGACAAAAGAUGAACCAAUUCUUUGCCAAAGUUGAACACACUAAAACGUGUCAAACAAGCACGCCAAGAUGGCGGUGUACGAGUGGUGUAGACUCCAGCGCAAGAAAAGCAGAAAGAAAAAUCGCUGUCGAACAGGGAAAAAGUUCUCGUGGACAGGAGAGGAAAGAACGUGGUUAUCGCAGGGCUAAGCCGUGGCCUACACAAGUUUGGACUUAAAAUCGUGGAGUUUUGGGGGGAUCAUCAUCGAAGACCAAAUGUUGUGUUUGUAUAGUGUGGAAUUCCAAGUUGUUCCAAUAACUAAAAUAAAGUAAUUUAUAUUUGCCUCUGUUCUUGACUCUGACCCUUAGGUAGCGUUCACACUUUGUGUCCGGACACGGUGCCCGAGAACGGUACUCGCUGGGCACUAAUGUGAACCACCCUUUUCUAAUGACCUACUGGAGAAUUCGGCUUGCGCGGUGCUGGUGUCCGAGUACAAGUUGGAGACCUUGUACUCGAGCGCAAAAGUGGGCACCUGGUUCCUGUGUUCACACCGUUUUUGUGAGAUAAUUUAAUUUCUCUCCCGCGUAAAAAACAAAAAGUUAAUAGAUAACUUUCCCGCGAAAGUUUAAAAAGAUUCCGUACCCUGUACCCCUGCUUUCACACUUCUAACCGUCAGGGGAUGUGGGCGCAGGCCGUCCAACCCAUCAGGAGGCCUGGUUGCUGAUUUCAGCCUGGUUCCCAAGAAAGUGAUCCCAAAAAAAAUUUUUGCUCGCCGCUAAGCUUAUGUUUCAAAAUGGCGUCUGACAGGACGAAAUGAAGUAACCAUGUACACAGUCAAAAUAUCGGGUACUCAAGGUGUGAACACAACACCCGAGUUAAUUUUGCUGGUUGCCAGGCAUUGGUUCCCGGGCUCCAAGUGUGGGUAGCCCCUUAACACUCUGUAGAGGCAUGUUUUUCAAACUGACAUUUAAAAAUUUCGGGAAAGGAAAGUUAUUGAACGCUGAGUAACUUAACGCUGCUAACUGAGCAAAAUUCUGAUUUCCUCUUGUUUUGAGGGAACUGUACCUAAGUAUUAUAAUGAAAAUGAUACAUACUGACUUUUAAGAGACAUUUGAACCUGACCUGAUUCUGACUUUGCAAGAAUCUGCGUUGCAGACAUGCCGCGAAUCAGCGUGCUUAAUUAAUGCUCUCCCGAAUUUAAGGCUGUAUUUCAUAGCCCGCAGAACAGACGCUAUUUUUUCGCGUUUUUCAGGACAACGAAGGCAAGCGCUGGGUGUGGAGUGCUGGACGGUAACGCCUCUUCUGUGGUAG